AAUCAACUUCCUAAAAGUCGCGACGCAACAUUCCAACUACGGCAUUUACCACUAAUGACUACCGUUCAUUCCAUACUGGUAUCUAGUUGGAUGGGAGCUUUAUGAUGCUUUGAGAACCUGUUGGCAUACCGGGCGCUUCAUCGUACUGCCUCUUCCUAGCCCUAGAUUCGUUGAUAAUAGCUUCAACUGAAGCUGUAUUCCGAUCAUGGCUCCAUCUAACCUACCUCGUGUCCGCCGAACUGCGCAGAACACUCAAUACACGUAUAACCUGACCCGCCGAAUCAAUGCCGUCCAAACCUACCCCGUAUUGUCUCCCCAAGGCGCGACAAUCCUCAUCCAUGGGCAUGAGAAUGGUGUCACAAUAGUCUGGCGAGGAGGACGACAAUUCAAGCCAGAUCCUGUUAAGGAAGCUCCUGCAAAACAGAAUGGGAAAGUAACCUCCGAUGCUGUAAUGAUAAUUGAUUCCGAUGAAGAGGAUGCUGCACCUGCCGUGAAAGGAAGCACAUUCAUCGACGAGCCUCGAUUCGAAGAUUAUAUCGACGAAGACGCACCAUACCCUGAAAUUACCCAAACUCUCGACCUCGAAUUCGGUACCGCCGUAUUACACUUAGCAAUAUUGCCUCUUACGCCUUGCACGGCAGAAGAUGCAGCAUGGGGAGGAGCAGAGAUACUGAAAGAAAAGAUCGUAUUCUCUGCAUCCUGUGCCACUCGCGAGGUCUUUCUUAUCACCCUACCUCUGACACCACCUUCACCAGCAAGCAAGGCGCGAUCGGAGUUACAAGAAAGUCUACUGGCUGGAAGAGCUGGUAAUGGCAAAUGGGGCGAAUCUAUGGUCCUGCUUGCAGGACAAACAUGUGGCAGUGAUGGCCUAGCAAUGUCUCUCAUAAAAUCAAAGAUAUCAACCGAGCGCAACAAGUCAGCCGACAGAUCACGUUCGGAAUCUAGAGCAACGCCGCGCGUUGUAGUGGCCGCUCACUCUCCUGAAGCUUCAGGCGUUCUACGACUAUGGGAUGUGCCUCUAGAAAAUUCACCCAAGACCGGCCAACGUAUCGAACCUUUCCAGAUCGAGUUUUUACCGAAACCCCUUUCCUCCAUCUCCUUUAACCCUACACAUUCAACCCAACUAUUAUGUAACGCAUCGACUGAGGCAGUCAGGGUAUACGAUUAUGCCUUAGCUUCCAUGCCCCCGGAUGAUUCUGAAGGUUCUUUCCCUUCCCAAGGCUCCUGGCUUAUUUCUUUCUACCCGCCGUUCGCCCGGCCUUCUUCAUCACGAAAACCGAUUCUCGCGGCUUCCUGGAUCGCUAGUGGCCGUGCUAUUUUCGUCCUACUUGCGGAUGGUCAAUGGGGUAUUUGGGAUGUUGAUGGUGUAUCUCCCCAAGGCCCUGCCUUGUUCGGGAAGCGCGGAUCUACUAUUCGUGGCGAUGCGUUAACCGAAUUUAACGUAUCCGGAUAUGUCGAAGGCACGAGUCCUCUGCGCAACCCCGCCUCUCGUCUCUCUGGUAGUGGUUCGGAUUUCGUACCUAUGACACCUCAUUCUAGACGCGAUGCUCUGGCGACUACUAACGGACCCGAACGAUUGGCGCCUGUUAAGGGUGGUGUCGUAGUAACACCGCUACCUGCUAGCGCUAGUGCGACAGCUGACGAAAGUGUUGCGCUAUGGAUUGGUAGUGCCGAGCACAUUUUCGUAAUACCUGGCGUUUUGAAAUUCUGGGAAGCACAAAUUCGCAAGGGCGCUGGUGGCGGAGUUAACCUCUUCAGUGGAGCGCAACCUACUCGUAUGGUUCGAUUGAGCGACUUGAGCGUUGGUCUCAUGGGUGAACGUUGUACGGGUGUUGGCGCUAUCGUCCGCUUCAUCGAAAACGGUGCGAACUCAUCCGGUAACGAGGGCUUGCCUGUCGAACUGCUGGUAUGCGGUGAAGCUCGAUUAGUGGUUGUUAGGGAGAGCGAGACAGUCGUUGGUACUCGAAUUGGCGGAGUCAUCGGACGUCGUAAGGGACUUGGUGACCGUGCAAGGGAGAAUAGUGCCAUUGUUGUCUACCCCCGACCAGAACAACCAGGCAGCGUUGCUUUUAACUUAUCAGUUGGUCCUAAACGAAAGCUUUCGCGACCUAGGGUUGGAGGAUUAUUCGACCAACCAUCCCCUAUCGAGCGCGUAACGCCCGAGGGAGCAGACCAGAGGCCGUUACAACUGCCUUCGAGGCCGAGGUCUGGUUUCGCGUUUGCAGACAGCCUGAAUGCUGCUGCAGACCUUGAGCAGCAGGUGGAGGAAGACGAGAGAGACGUCGAGGUCGAGAUGCUGGAUAUAAUGGAGAUCGAUCGUGAACUGGAUGCCCUUGAUAAUGGAAGGGGUAGAGGCCGUAAGAAGGUCAUCUUCGAUUCAUAGGCUUCACUUCCAAUCGACUUAUUCUACCUAACAUAGGCUAGCACGACUGAUAGGGGUUAAGUGCUGGCGAUGAUGUACGAUACCGAUACCCCACGCUAAUCCCGGCGGUGUUUAGGUCCUCGGCUUUUUGUGGAAGAUAAAAUUAGGAAUAUGCCCAGGCUCUUUUUCGACGUCCCUUUCUUACCCGUGGAAAGCUUGCUGAAUGAUUUGACUAGGUCACAGACUUCCGAUCCCCUUUCUUCAGUGAUCAUGGCCUGGUACAAAGUUGUCUCAUGCUCCCUUUUACCUAUUAAUUCCUGUGAACUUAUUCUCUGUAUCCUUUCCCCUUUUCUAUCCCUUUUCCUUCUCCGCGCGGCAAGGUGGAGCACAAGGCGAGAUCCUUCCUUGAAGCUCUGUAAUCCAUGCGGUACAUCGAAUGGGCACAUUCCGUUUUUUAGGGAUGUCCCACGUGUCAUUCUUUUUAUAAUAUGACACGCGCCAAUGGUCCCAGGAGGGUUUAUUUUGGGAGGGGGUUAGGGUUGGUUCGGAUUUUUUAUGCGAAUUGACCGUUUGCCCUCCCGCUCUUCAAGUGCUCUGUUAUCUAUCCCGCGAGGGAUGGGGGGCGAAUGGGGGCGGGAGACGGGGCCGUUGGUACAAUUUUUAGU